CGGGAGGGGCGGAGCUGGCGCUGUCCCGGCUCCCGAGCGGGGAGGCAGUCCAGGAGGUGGUGCGGCGGGUCCCGGCGGCCAAGGCUCGGGCAGAGCGGCUGGAGAGGCUGGCAGGUGGCGCUGGCAGCGUGGGGAGAACGGCGCGGUGGGGUGGGCACUCUUGGCCGGAGUAGUUCACUCCAUGCGUGCGGGCCAAGCACGGCCCCUGCGAGCCGCCGACAUGAAGAAAGACGUGCGGAUCCUGCUGGUGGGAGAACCUAGAGUUGGGAAGACAUCACUCAUUAUGUCUCUGGUCAGUGAAGAAUUUCCAGAAGAGGUUCCUCCUCGGGCAGAAGAAAUCACCAUUCCAGCUGAUGUCACCCCUGAGAGAGUUCCAACACACAUUGUAGAUUACUCAGAAGCAGAACAAAGUGAUGAACAACUUCAUCAAGAAAUAUCACAGGCUAAUGUCAUCUGCAUAGUUUAUGCUGUUAACAACAAACAUUCUAUUGAUAAGGUAACAAGUCGAUGGAUUCCUCUCAUAAAUGAAAGAACAGAUAAAGACAGCAGGCUGCCUUUGAUACUGGUUGGAAACAAGUCUGAUCUGGUGGAAUAUAGUAGCAUGGAGACCAUCCUUCCCAUUAUGAACCAGUAUACAGAAAUAGAAACCUGUGUGGAGUGUUCAGCAAAAAACCUGAAGAACAUAUCAGAGCUCUUUUAUUAUGCACAGAAGGCUGUUCUUCAUCCUACAGGGCCCCUGUACUGCCCAGAGGAGAAGGAGAUGAAACCAGCCUGUAUAAAAGCCCUUACCCGUAUAUUUAAAAUAUCUGAUCAAGAUAAUGAUGGUACUCUUAAUGAUGCUGAACUCAACUUCUUUCAGAGAAUUUGUUUUAAUACUCCACUAGCUCCUCAAGCUCUGGAAGAUGUCAAGAACGUAGUAAGAAAACACAUAAGUGAUGGUGUGGCUGACAGUGGAUUGACACUGAAAGGAUUUCUCUUUUUACAUACACUGUUUAUCCAGAGAGGGAGACAUGAAACUACUUGGACUGUACUUCGAAGGUUUGGUUAUGAUGAUGAUUUGGAUUUAACACCUGAAUAUUUAUUCCCCCUGCUAAAAAUACCUCCUGAUUGCACUACUGAAUUAAAUCAUCAUGCAUAUUUGUUUCUCCAAAGCACCUUUGACAAACAUGAUUUGGAUAGAGACUGUGCUUUGUCACCUGAUGAGCUGAAAGAUUUAUUUAAAGUUUUUCCUUAUAUACCUUGGGGACCAGAUGUGAAUAACACAGUAUGUACAAAUGAAAAAGGCUGGAUAACCUACCAGGGAUUCCUUUCCCAAUGGACGCUCACAACCUAUUUAGAUGUACAGCGGUGCUUAGAAUAUUUGGGCUAUCUAGGCUAUUCCAUAUUGACUGAACAAGAGUCUCAAGCUUCAGCCAUUACAGUUACAAGAGAUAAAAAGAUAGACCUUCAGAAAAAACAGACUCAGAGAAAUGUGUUCAGAUGUAAUGUAAUUGGAAUGAAAAGCUGUGGGAAAAGUGGAAUUCUUCAGGCUCUUCUUGGAAGAAACUUAAUGAGACAGAGGAAAAUUCGUGAUGAUCAUAAAUCCUACUAUGCGAUUAAUACUGUUUAUGUAUACGGACAAGAGAAAUACUUGCUGUUGCAUGAUAUCUCAGAAUCGGAAUUUCUAACUGAGGCUGAGAUCAUUUGUGAUGUUGUAUGCCUGGUAUAUGAUGUCACUAACCCCAAAUCCUUUGAAUACUGUGCCAGGAUUUUUAAGCAACACUUUAUGGACAGCAGAAUACCCUGUUUAAUCAUAGCUGCAAAAUCAGACCUGCAUGAAGUUAAACAAGAAUAUAGUAUCUCACCUACUGAUUUCUGCAGGAAACACAAAAUGCCUCCACCUCAAGCCUUCACUUGCAAUACUGCUGAUGCACCCAGUAAGGAUAUCUUUGUUAAAUUGACAACAAUGGCUAUGUACCCAGAGGAUCAUUACAGAGACAGACUCUCCCGAGACAUGGGCAACACUGAUAGAAUAGAGAAUUUGAGAAAAAUCUGGGUCUUUCUAAAAACUGCUUUCCAUGCCCGGUUACGCUGUAUGUGCACCUGCAACAGGUGUACAUUUUGCAUCUGUCAGAACUUCCUCAACUCAGACUUGCUGCAAUCUGUAAAGAACAAAAUCUUCACUGCAGUUCUUAACAGUUUUAGUUCUGCCCUUUAGAACAACAUACGACUAUUCUACUCCCUCUUCAACAUAGCAAUCCUUCAGACAUUGAAGACGACCAUCAUGUCUCCCCUAAUUUUCUCUUCUCCAGGUAGAACAUCCCCAUUUCUUUCAGCCUUUUAAAAAAUUAAACUAUCUAGUGACCUCAUCAUUCUUGGUUGUUCUCAUCUGAAAGCCCCUUAAGUUCUCAGAGUACCUCUUAAUUGGUGCCACAAAGGAUGGAUAACAGUUUUGUAGAUGUGGUCUGACUAGUCCAGAACAGUGGGCAGUCUUGUUCCACACUUAAGAUAACACUUAUCCAGUGCAUGAAUUAACUUUUUAGCACCCUAUCCUACUGUCCACAUAUUAUUAUCUGGGGGCUAAUUGAAAUUAAAAAAAUUUUUUUUGUAUGAUGUGCUAUUAAAGCAGAUGUCCCUUCCUUUCUAAUUGUGUAUUUGAUCUUUGAAUCUUAAAUGCAGAUACAUUUGUAUCUCUAUUAAAUGUCAUAUUCUUUUUGAUCCAUUUGUUCUAGGUCAAUCAUUUCAAACAUUAUUUCUGCCAUUUGUCCCAUUAUAUAUCUCUCUCAGUAUUUUGUUAUUUGCAAAUUUGGUAAACAUGUCUUACCUUUCAAGUUACUGAUAAAAAAUAAUGUCAAAUACCCAGAGGUUGGAGAGAGAGAGAAGUAAAGCAAACAAACCGUAUAGUACUUCACUAGGCAACUCCUUGCCAGUGACAGGUUCAGAAUUCCUGGGGAAGGAAUUUUCGGUCAAUUAAAAAUAUGUUAUUAUCCAGCUCAUAUUUUAUCUUGUCUUAUCAGAGAUUUCAGAAAGGAUUUUUCUGAAAUCAACGUAUAAUUUUUGCCACAUUCUUCUGACCCAUCAAUGUAGUAAUUACAUCUAAAUAGGAAGUAUUUGAUAUCUUAUUUUUUUUUGCACCUAUCUUAGCUUCCAGUAAUUGCUCAUCACAAGCUACAUGUCUUGUUAUUAAUUCUAGAUUGUUCAUGAUAGCAGAUUAAUUAACUGUCUACAUUUUUGGUAACAAUUUUUUUUCCUAGGAUGGUUUAAUCAGCUUCCAACUUAAGAUGUGCCUUAAAUUGACGUACUUACUCAUAAAUUAUCCACAGUAAAUUCUCAAAGAGAAGUCAGUAUAUUUUGUCAUAUCUAUUUAUAUACUGGAAAUAAUUUAAUAGUAGUGUCAGCACACAUACUGACAUCUGGUAAUCAAAAAUGAGUAGGAUGAAUAGGGAAACCAGUGUACUUUUCAAAGAACUCCUCCCUUAUCCCUGUUGGUACUUCAAUCAUUCAUUUGAUGGAAGUACAGUGGAAUUUUAGGGGUUCUCUGUUGAAAUUCUAGUGUUUGUAAAAAGAUGUAGAUAAUUAAGGUAGGUCAAAAACUCAGUUCCUGCAGGAUCCAAAUGGAUAAUAAAAAGAAAUGAAAAUAGCCAGAGUAAAAGAAACAAGGAAAGAUGGGGUCUAUGGCUCCGACUAAAAAGAGGCAGCCACGGUUCAGAUGUAUCCCUUAGUUGAAUAAGCCCAGUGUUGCUAUGUUUUCUGAUUCUAUAAAAGAUUAGAAAUCAAAAUUUUUAUGUGAAAUUUCCUGAUAUUUAAAGAAUAACAACUUUAAAAUUUGAAAGUACUAAUCAGAACAAAGCAUGUUUGUAAUAGGUCACUAAUUUAUAAUCUUAGUAUUAAGGCCUGGAAUCAUGAAAAUGAAAGCAAUAAAAGGAUACCUAAUGAAUGAAAAUGCCUCUGUUCACCUCUACCCCACAGUUUACUUCUUUCCACACAAAAGUUUUGGAUGAUGGAGUGAGAAAAGAACCUCCUUUCCCUAUUACUUCUCAGGUAUCAGCAGCCUUUGGUGGUUGGUCACAAUUAGUUUACAUGUAAGAUAUAUCUUAAUGUUGAAUAAGCAGAAGAAAGAUUAAUUAAUUAAAAGUCAUUUAAGGAUUAUUUUAUUUCAUUCCUACUUAACACUAAGUCUUGUAUCUUUGUUUCUAGAAAUCAGAACUUCCAUGCUUAGUAUUUGCUUUAGAAUUCACUGUAAAAGAUUCUAAAACUUUUGUCAUUUUUAUUUAAGCCAAGAGCUUCAUUAAGUGUAUGGAAAGAGCCAGGCACAGUGGUGCACACCAGUAAUUCCAGUGACUCAGAAGACUGAGGCAGGAGCUCAGCAACUUAGCAAGACCCUGUCUUAGAAAAAUAAAAAGAGCAGGAGAUGUAGCUUAGUGGUAAAGCACUCCUGAGUUCAAUCCCCAGUAUCACCAAAAAAAAGAAGAAGAAAGAAAAAGAAAAAAAUAGACAAAGAAUUAAAUUAACAGACAAAUGUCAGUACAUACAUUCUGGUCUCAAAUUAGCACAUUGUUUUAGUGUACUUAUUAAAAUGUUAGUCAUUGAGAUAGGAGUUACUACCAGAUAAAAAAACACGUUUGAGGUCACAUUCUCCUGCCUUCUCAUACUUCACCCUCCCCAUCCCCCCAACACCUUGAUUUAUUCAUUCAUAAUAUUUCCAAUACCUGCUUUGGAUAGUAACCUGCUAUGAAGUGGGGCAUAAUUGAAGAUGAAGAUAUGUUACCUGCCUUUAUUUUUCUAAAUAUUAUAUCAUUGGAAUGGGGCUGUGACUCAGUGGUAGAGCGCUCACCUAGCAUACAUGAAGCCCUGGGUUUGAUCCUCAGUACCGCAUAAAAAUAAAAUAAAGGUAUUGUGUCCACCUACAACUAAAAUAAAAUAUUAAAAAUAAGCAAAUAAAUAUUAUAUCAUUAAGAUGUUUCUUUUAAAUCUUGGUUACAUUUUUAGUGACUUUAGUUUGUCAUAUUGAAACAACCUGCUAUUAUCUGAUGAUGAGUUUAAGCAGUUUCAGUGAGUUAAUUUAUGAAAAUUUAGAUUUUUCCUCUUUUACCAGAAAAAGGAAAAAAGUCUUUGUUCUUGAGCUUUUUUACUAACACUAUAUAUUUUAAGUAGAAAGUACUAAUAAAGGGCUGCAACUGGGGCCCAGUGGCAGAGCAUUUAUCUAGCAUGUGUGGGACACUGGGUUCAAUCCUUAGCACCACAUAAAAAAAAAAAAAAAAAAAAAAAAAACGGGGGCUGGG